ACACUUUCAGAGUCUAUGAGUUGUAUGGUUUCAAAAUAAAAGAUGGGAUCAACCGGACUGUUGAAAUUAUAGAGAACUUUAAUAUAUCAACAAUACAUAAAAGUGUUAAAUAAAUAAUUAUACUCUACGAUAGAUUUAACUGUCCAUCUAAAUUAGUUUUCAAUUUCAAAACAAAAAUGCAGGCCAUUUCUUCUAUUGCUCCAGCAAUUGCUCCGAUCAUUGCACCUCUGGCUGUUAAGAUCAUUGAUAGAUAUCUUGAAGGUCAACGUAGUCCUCUACCGCAAAUUAUUCAAGUUCCAGUGUCAUCACCAUGUAACUGUCGCUGCGUAAGUUCAGUGAAAAGUCGUAACAAUGUUUGUGAAACAUGUAAUUUAAGUUUGACAUCAACACGCAGUACAGAUAAUUCCAGACUUUCAGUAAAUAAAACUUAUCGUUCGUCUUCAACCAGUGAAUGCUAUGAAAAGGAAGGAUCAACAAGAGACAAUUCUCAUUCAAUCAGAAGAUUAAGCGAUAGCGUUUGUACAUCAGUUCCAGACAAUAUUCAUCGACAAAACAGAUGCAAGUGUUCUUGUAGUACCUGUAACUUAAUUUUGAAAUCUACAAGUAAUAUUGAUGACACAAAAUACUCAGUGAAUAGAUCUCAUUCUUCUUCGAGCAAUGAAUUUUAUGAAAAGCAGAGUCUAAGGAAAAUGAAUUCUCACAAAAGUCAAAAACUCCACAGUAACGUUCAUACUUCAGGGACAGACCACAUUUUAUCACAGCAGAACACUUUAGUCAUGUUACAAAAACAUUUAGAGCAAGCUGGUGUUUGCUCUCCGUCAAGUAAAAAUAUAAAUUCUUCAAAUAUCAAGGAUAUGAAUACUAAGUGUGAUGGAAAACCAAAACGGGCAAACAUUUCCCCUAAUUUAAAAAAGUCUCCAGGUGUUGCUUGGUCUUCUGCAAAAUUGAAGCGAAAUGAUCAAUUAAUAAAUUCGAGCGACUUUGAAGUUACCAAAGUCAAGCACAAUAGUGCGGGAAAAAAGUUAAUUAUAGCAGAAAAACAAUCAGCAGCUAGUUGCAGCGAGCGACAUAAAAAAUCAUCAAAUUGUCACUGCAAACGUUCCAGUUGCUGCUGAAAUGAAUAGUUUUAUCUUAAGAAAUAUAACUUAUAUAAACGCUUUAAAAAAAUGUAAACGAUAUAUAAAAUUACGUAAAUUGUAUUUGAUAUGUAUUUGAAAAUCGAAGAUUAUACAAGAUUAUACGCCUA